GUUGUCUUCUUGCGGUUUCGUCCCACUGUCAAGUCUGCUAGCUAGCUACCUCUGGAGCAUCCUACUGGGGCUCAUUGUUCUAGGAGUAGUAUUAUUAGUAUUAGCUUAUUACAAAGAAUGAGAAGAGUUACGCUUUUUGUGAACGGGACGUCCAAAAAUGGCAAGGUGCGUACAGUUAGCUUAGCUAUGGAGGUAACGUAGGUUAGACUAGCUAGCUAGCUAAUUUAAUGCGGCCUUAGCGUCGACGCAACUAAGCGACUCUUAACAGCCAAAUGUCCUAACAAACUGGUUUAGUUGCGUCGAAGCUAUGCGGCCUAUAGAAUUUGUGUAGCUAGCUAAUGUCAGUAGUGGAAAAAGUACCCAAUCGUCAUACUUUAGUAAAAAGUAAAAGAUACCUUAAUAGAAAAAAAUGACUCAAGUAAAAGUCACCCAGUAAAAUACUACUUGAGUAAAAGUAUUUUUGUUUUAAAUAUACUUAAGUAUCAAAAGUCAAAGUAUAAAUCAUUUAAAAUUCCUUAUAUUAAGAAAACCAGACGGCACCAUUCUUGUUUUAUUUAUAGAUAGCCAGGGGCACGCUCCAACACUCAGACAUCAUUUACAAACGAAGCAUGUGUUUAGUGAGUCCGCCAGAUCAGAUGCAGUAGGGAUGACCAGGGAUGUUCUCUUGAUAAGUGAAUUAGACACUUUUCCUUUCCUGCUAAGCAUUCAAAAUGUAACGAGUACUUUUGGGUGUCAGGGAAAAUUUAAUGGAGUAAAAAGUAAAAUGUUCUUUAGGAAUGUAGUUAAGAAAAAGUUGUCAAAGAUAUAAAUAGUAAAGUACAGAUAACCCAAAAAACUACUUAAGUAGUACUUUCAAGUAUUUUUACUUAAGUACUUUACACCUCUGGCUAACGUUACGAGCUAAUGCUAGCUAGUUAGUUGUUAUCGUUUGUUUGGCAUUGAGAACACGAACAAACGUAGUUAACUCAUUUCCCAGUUGCUAGCUAGCUUGCUAUCUGGCUACAUUAAAAGGUAGACAAAACAAUAUGACAUCAUCAUUCAAAAUGGGGCCACUUCCUGCUUACAGACGUCAACAACAGUGUUUUGAAACCAACAACAUUUAAACCUGCCACCCACCAUUGUCUCUUCCCAAUGUUGGUAUGUCUCAAGGGAGGGGGCACAUUUGGAAGAACAGAGGGAUAUCCUACGAUGCAAGCUAGAUCUACUAAGGGUUUUCUAAAGCUAACCAGCCUCAGUUAGGUUCACAUUCCAUCUCAGGCUUCAUCCAUACUACGAUGGUGGAUAUUGCUUGUCGCCAACUCUAGCAGGCUUGUAACUGCGAGUGCAUUUCGCACAUGGCUAGUCGAUCACUAGCCCUUGAUCAUGACUCUCAGUUCCAUUACAUUACACAAAUCAUUGGAUUAAGGAGUCUUCUGUACAGGGGAGUUUUGUUAAGCGCCCCAAACGCUCAAUCUGAACAUUAACAUGUGUCGCUUGCGGUACGGUUUUGGAAGCCUUAUUUUACAUAUCAGCAAGAAAUAAUAAUAAUAAUUUUUAAAAAUGGUUAAAUUGAUACCUUGAUAGGGUUAGUGUUCCCUCACGGCCAUGUCUCCAUGUUGCAGGGCUUGUUUGCGGAAAACAGACGGACGACGAGGUUUCCACCUGUGCUAAUUAAGCAAUAAGGCCUGAGGGGGUGUGGUAUAUGGCAAUAUACCACAAACCCCAGAGGUGCCUUAUUGCUAUUAUAAACUGGUUACCAAUGUAAUUAGAGCAGUAUAAAGAAUUUUUUUGUCAUACCCGUGGUAUAUGGUCAGAUGUACCACGGCUGUCAGCCAAUCAGCAUUCAGGGCUUGAACCACCCAGUUUAUAAUUAGCUAUAUAGCAUGCGCCGAACACCUGUGUGUAAGCGUAACUCGGGAAGUGUAGUUUCAACAGAUAGGGGCACCCAUAGCUGUAUGGAUCUGUGCAAAAAUUCUACUGUAAGUGUAUCUUUUUUAUUUGAAGGAUUCUUUCUCGCUGAUGAAAGAUAAGGGCCAUAUGUUUCGGAAACCGUAGCGCAAGCGAUGAUUAUUGACGUUUCUAAACCUUAAAACACAGCGUCGGGAUUGUAGUUCACGUGAGCCAGUCGUUGGCGACGCAAAUGGCUGAAAACUGUAGGGAGAAGGCAGAAUGCCGCCCAGAGUUUUCUCUCGAAUUACAAAUUCUUCAUUGAGACAAUGCUGAAACAUCAAUCCAUGGGUGAGUCAGUGCCACAUUUUCAUUUGUUCCAAAAUCAAAAUGAAAGAAAAGUUGUCUUGCAAAUUCAGCAGGCUAUGGCUUUUAGAAGUUCCGUCUUUAUUUUAUUACUUAUUAUUUUAUUACUUAUUAUUAUCGUUAAUGCCGUCUUUGGUGUGCUUUGCACAAGCAUCUUUUUUCCCCACUCCUAUCGAUAUUUAUUUUUUAUUUAGUCAUACAAAAGUGUUACAUUGUGUGAAGUUUACUAAAUGUGUAAUGUGCUAUAUUUUAACAUGGCUAUUUUUAACACACAAUCUUUUUUAAAAUUAAUAAAAGAUUUAAUCUGUUGUCUUCCUCAAAUGAAGGGGAUGAUGACUCUUUGCAAGAGGGAGGGAAUCUGAUUUCAUUGGUCCUUAAACUCACAGCUCAGUAAUUUCAUUCAGAGUAAGUAGAGUUAUCCGUGAUUUAGGCUGCCCCGGAGCAUGUUAGUUCUGAAGGAUUCGUUGCCAUAGAAAUUUACCUGGCUAAAAGGUGAGCCACUUUCGUAUAACCGGUUAUCCCGAGUUGAACUCAGAGUUGACCAAAGAUAAAUCGCUAACUCCUGGCAGUCUUGGUAGAUUUGAACUUUGUUGUUGUUAUCUUUCUAUAAGCAGUGAUCCAGCUGUGUAUCAUCAUGUCAUAUUGCUAAGUUUACCUUUAAGUGUGCUAGCAAGAAAUAAUGGGUUUGCCCAAAUCAGUCUGUUUUGUGACAAUAACUCUGUUUUCCUUUAUUAGGUUGUAGCUGUGUAUGGGACCUUGGCCGACCUGUUAUCUGUAGCAAGCAAUAAGUUGGGAAUCAAAGCCUGUAAUUUAUACAAUGGAAAAGGUGGUCUUAUAGAUGACAUAGCGCUCAUCAGGUAUUGUUAAUUUCCUUCAACACUUUGUAGUUUCAUGCACUUGGAAGGUCCUUACUCCUGCCAAUAUUGCAUAUUAAUUUCUCUACUAUUCCUUCUUAUAUAGGGAUGAUGAUGUUUUGUAUGUCUCAGAGGGAGACCCCUUUUUUGGUGAGUUUGUGUCAAAUUCUUUCCUUGCAAACCAUUUAGUUCUGAGGAAUGAGGUGGUGAGUUAUCCCUCUGAAUACUGUUAUUAUCUUAGACCCACAGAAUGAUGUCAGGGCUACAGACGAUCGGCCUGGGGCACACACCGAUUGGCUGACGCUUAAUAUUGGAGGGCGUCUCUUCACCACCACACGGUAAGCAAUGGAGGAGUUAUUUCCAUGGUCUAUGAACAUCAAAAGUCACAAAUGAACAUCUCUGUCAGUAUUAUUGAUAUCCACUUUAUUCUUUGGUCACUCCUUUCCUCACAAACUAAUAUUUUUUACAGGAGCACCUUGGUCAGCAAGGAGCCGGAGAGCAUGCUCGCUCACAUGUUUCGGGAGAAGGGUAAAAAUAAUUAAGUCUGUCACAUCUACCACUAACUCUGCUACCUUUUUCUUUUGUGAUUUACCCAUAAUGAUGGCCCCUCUAUCCUUGCUCUGCAGAUGUAUGGGGUAACAAGCAGGAUGAAUGUGGGGCUUACCUUAUUGAUCGCAGCCCAGAAUACUUCGAGCCUAUUCUUAAUUACCUGCGACAUGGCCAGCUCAUUAUCAAUGAAGGAAUCAAUUUGCUUGGUAAGUAUGGCAUUUACAGCCAGAACAGUCAUUACCUUUAUUCUACGAUACUGCUCACAGAUUAAUGAGAACACUUCAGUUGUGCAUGUUGAAUACAGUAUGUAGAUUUCUGAAAUCUUGACAAUAUAUUGCCUAAAAUCAGUAAAUACAAUUUGUGUUUCAGGGGUUUUGGAGGAGGCCCGUUUCUUUGGAAUUGAGCUGCUUGCUGAGCAGUUGGAAGUAGCAAUAAAGGUGAAGAACUCAAGCUACAUAUUUCAAAUUAUUUAUUUAAUUUCAUCACAGCAUAUUGAUCCAUGCUUUUCUCCAGAAUAACCAGCCACCUGAGGACCACUCUCCCAUCUCUCGCAAGGAGUUUGUUCGGUUUCUGCUGGCUACACCCACCAAAUCAGAGCUCCGCUGUCAGGUAAAACGCAACACAUUUGCAACAAGCACAACGCACUGUUGAACAUUAGAUGCAGUCUAACUAACAUGACACGUGAAACUGACAAAUAAUACCUCUAUCCACAAGGGACUUAAUUUCAGUGGUGCUGAUCUCUCUCGCCUCGACUUGCGCUACAUCAACUUCAAGAUGGCCAACCUGAGUCGCUGCAACCUGACACAUGCCAACCUAUGCUCUUCAAACCUGGAGCGCGCUGACCUCUCUGGGGCCAACCUCGAUGUGAGCCCAUAGCUCCUUUAUUAGCCUAUGAAACCUACCUGUUACAGCGUGUCAACAUUUCAGAAAUGUGCAGUAUUUUGUAGGGACUGAUUUUGUCUUUCUGUUUUAGGGUGCUAACUUGCAGGGUGUGAAGAUGCUCUGUUCAAAUGCUGAGGGGGCGUCUCUCAAAGGAUGCAAUUUUGAGGACCCAUCUGGACUAAAGGCCAACUUAGAGGGUAAGCUUUCUAAUGUAUUUGUAUGAUAAGAGGAAUGACAAAUAUGGAACUGAUAACACUUGUAUAACCUCUGGUGUUGAACAUCUAAUUUCUGUCUUAUUAGGUGCCAAUCUGAAAGGGGUUGACAUGGAGGGAAGUCAGAUGACGGGAAUUAACCUGCGUGUGGCCACUCUCAAAAAUGCUAAGCUGAAGAACUGUAACCUGCGGGGUGCCACUUUGGCAGGAACCGAUCUUGAGGUAACCUGAGGGCAUUUAAGAGGAUUAACCUUGAGACAAAAAAAUUAAGUCAAUCUGAACAAAUGGCAUUAGACAGCUCUUGUAAUCAUUUUAUGUUUGUUGUUGAAGGUUUGUCAGUUAGAUACCAUGAAGUUGUCCAUCCUAAGAUAACUGUAUUAUUGCAGUUUUAUUACCGUGACAUCUAAGGUCAGUACCAAGAAUACUGACUGUUGAGUUUGGUUUUACUCCUCACAGAACUGUGAUCUGUCUGGCUGCGACCUACAAGAGGCCAACUUGAGAGGGUCCAAUGUGAAGGGGGCCAUUUUUGAAGAGAUGCUGACUGCAUUGCACAUGUCUCAGAGUGUUAGAUAACUCUCCUGCACAUUCCACCUGGGUUCAGGCUGGUUAAUCUCAUGGAUGCCUGGCAACGGUCUUCAUUUGCCAGCCAAUCCCACCCACCCCUACUAUCAAGCUUCUUGGACCCUUAUGCAAUACAGGUAGUUUUCUGUACAUCCCUGGCAUUCCAGCUCAUAUACUAGCUUUAAAUAAUUUGCACUAGAGCACAUUCAGGGAUAUUUGUUUCCGUUAUGUAGUGGAAGCUUUUACGUGUCUAUCUCUCUUUCCUUAUUUUUCCCCAAAACCAAAAUAUUUAAUGUUUUUAUGUAUGUUUACUAUUAUGUCUGGAUUCAAUCCUACCUUAUUACUAUUCUUUUUAAUUCUGGAUGUAUACACACUUUCUUGAUUAUUUAACGCAAUGUUUCUGAAAGUCAAAGAUUAUCAAACUAUAAGUGCAUGAAGGUUUUAAGUAACAAUAUAAGGGCCUCAAUCAAGACUGUGGCAUAGCAGAAGUGGGAGGUGGCAUGGUGUGACUGUACAUUCUUAUCAAUGUACUUCGUUUUAUGCCAGAUAUGCUUUAUGAUUAGGAGAAUGUUAAUUUUCUAAGCCAAAGCCAUACCGUAGCAUGAUCAAAAUGGCAAAAUAGUUUGUUGUUAUUGCACCACCUAAUUAUGCUGUGGAUUUUCUUAUAAUACUGUGGCUGUUGAAACAGUAUUCAACAGAAUUUCAAGUAUGCAAUGUACUCUUCCUUGAAUAUCACUGAAGUCAAAAGCUGCCUGUCGUUUUGUUUGGAUGUUCUCUGUGAAUCUACCUCCUUAUUGUUUUUACCCCUUUCUGAUGUAUCUCUAGUUGCAUGCAUUUCACAGUGGUUUUUGCUUCUUGUAUGAAAUCCAUUAUUCAUCAUAUCCAAAUAUGAUAAGCAAAUAAUCAAAGUGAAUAAGAUGUUUUUUUAAUAGUGUUACUGUCAUGUUCAAGCUUGUGGAUCACCUAGUUGUACGAGGAAGAUAGUUGUAUAACAACACUCCCCUCACAAUGAAUUGCAUAUAAUUCAAUCAUGUUUUGAAAUUAUACUUUGCACAAAUCUGUCUUAAAUUAAAAAUGUUGUUCACCGUCUUCUGUUAUACUCACUCGCAGGUCACCAACAAGUAGAAUGUGGUUCUUGUAACAAUGUUUUUUAUUUUUUUUAAUCCAGUGCUUCCAAAACGUGUAAAUUAUUAGGAUAGCAAAACAUUAUCACUGCUGGACUGUGAUUUUAACAAUCUCAUGUCAGUUUGUUUAAGAAAAUGUCUGCAUGUUUAAAGACUGUAUUUUACCAGUCUUCGACUGGUGAAUUUCCUCUAGGUGUAUCUUUUUGAGAUGCAAUAUUCUCUCUCUAUACUCUAUUCCACAGUAGGUACUCUUCUGUCGCAAUAAUGAAGGCAAUCAUAAAGAAUAUUGCACCUUGAGUGUGGAGAUCGUCAAUAUCAGAACCUUGUAGAAAAGAACAAUGGUUAUUUAUUUUGAUAUAACAUAUUGAAGAAAUAUGGAAUGAAAGUUAGUUAAAGACUGGGUGUGUUUCUCUUCCUCCCCUGUCUAUAAUUAUUGCACUCAAGCACAAAAUUGUAUUUCAAUAAAUUACUGUUCUCAAUAAACAAAAGCCACUGUGUAAUUACUUGUGC